AUGUCUCUGAAGGUGUUCCUGUUCGCCACCCUUCUCGCAGUGGUAGCCGCACAAUACGGUCACCAUCAUGAUCAACACCACGGUCACCAGCACGGUCACGCCUCCUCAUCCCAAAGCCUCCACCAGCACCACUCACAUGGAACCGAGAAACACGUCGAAUACUACGGUCAUCCCAAAUACGAGUUCGCCUAUCAUGUGUCGGAUCCUCACACACACGACAUCAAGUCCCAGCACGAGACGCGCGACGGCCAUGUUGUGAAGGGAGAGUACAGCCUGCACCAGCCCGACGGCAGGGUCAGGACUGUUAAGUACCACGCCGACCACAAGACCGGAUUCAACGCCGACGUCCACUACGAGGGUCACGCUCAACACAUCGUUCCUGAACACCACCAUCAUCAUUGA